ACUCUCAACCCAUCACCAGGGCAUGACCCUGCUAAUCCGGGACCGAUACAAUACCACGCCUUCUUUCGCGCUUCCAUCAUGCUUCCAAACAUGACAAGCGAAAGUCACCAGAUAAAACUUGAUAAGUUGAGGCUGCUAAGCUGGAGGCCCAAUGGAAGGAAGGGUAGCUUGGGGUGGGUUGCAGACAUCAUGUCAUUCUGCAUUGACAUCUCGUACCUGCAUCAACAUGAACUUGCUAAUGAAUGCGUGUAG